AUGGGAAGCGACCUUUCGGUUGUAGUACAGGCCUGUGCUCCAGUGCCUCAUGUCAUUCAUGAGACUUGGAAGAGGCGGGGCUCUUCUUUUGGUGCAGAGAAGAAUCAUGCGUUGCCGAUGUCCUACACGGAGUUGCGUCUUGUAUGCAGAGAGAGCCUUAACCCGGAGAUGCUGACGGAAUUUCCGAAAGAAGAAGUGACGCCGUCGCCUGUGCGACCCAUUGUGACGGACACAACUCCUCACUUUCUCAGUUUUCUCGACCUUGAAGACGCGGCACUGUUUUCUUUUUUGCACGACGCACUGCGCUGCAAACGGUGCAAGGGGCGGAUAGGGUUUGUCGUAGAUCCCUCUGUUUGCAUCGGCCAGCGCUUAUAUGAGGCGGAGCAGCGACAUAUUUUUACGCAAAGUUUCUCCAUUUUUUUAUCCAAACUUGUCGCUGUCAUGAAAUUUGUUGCCCCCAGUUGUCAUGAUGAUUGGACUCAGGGAACGGAGGGUGAGUCGUCUUUGGAUGGCGAUCUUGUCGACACACGACCCAACACACCAAACAAGCCCCACUCAUGGAUACCGCAUGAAUUUUUUCUUUUGGAAAUUCAGCAGGGCUUAUUGGAUGAUGUGAGCGGGCCGUGGCUCUUGCGCGACAUUGUUGACCAUAUGGGUCACGUGUUGCACUACCACUCGGCUGUUUCGUUUUUGUGUGGUUCGAGCAACCAAUCUGUCAUUUCAUCUGGGGACAUGCAAAAGAAGCUCAUGUCGGGGGAGACGUCAACCUCCAGUUGUGUCCUUACUCGUGUUCGUGCAUACGAUGACAUUAAUGAAACCUCAUUGUCAGAUUCCGACACGGCAGAGUUUGUCUUUUGUAGAUCCCUUCAACACGUACUUCUCUCGCAAAACAACAUGUCUCGGGUGGGACUUCGCAAAUGCCUGUUGGAGCUUCUUAACAGUAUUGAGCAGGAUCAAUUAUCAUCUGCCCGCCCUCUUCAAAUGAUUGAUGUGAGAGAGAAUGAUGAAUCGGAUGCGACGCAGCGAUUUAUUGCUGAAUUGUCAUCAUAUACGGGUGUACAGAUUAUCAUAGGAACAAGUGGUAAACGGUGGCGUCACCGCGCGCAUUAUUUUAUCAGUAAGAGUCUCUCUCAUAGGGGUAUUGGAGGUGUGGGUAUGACGCAUGCUUUUCCAGAGGACGCGCCAUACUCCAGAUUGAAUAUGGAGGAGUCAAUUCUUUCAGGUUUGCGGGGGGAUCAGUCACUUUUGCCGGAGAAGAGUGAACCACAUUCUUUGGGGAAUACGGGUGACAGUGUUCAAAUGAUGCCACAUUUUGAGUGUGAAGGCAAAAGUUUAUUUGCGUCUUAUAGUGAAGAACCUCGUAAUGAGGAGGUGAACAAAUUAAAUGCUGCCUUUACUUUCACUGCUGCUGCUGCUGCUGCUCCAGGGAAGAAAGGCGGAAAAAUGGAACCAAAGCCGUCGGACAGCACGCCCCGAGAAUCUCUCCUGUUGGAUGAGGAUGAUGUCAACGGGGGGGAGGUGGAUGAGAAGAGAAUGCAUUCACUUCGCUUGGAUGGGGCGGGUGAGUUGGAAGCUGAAGCCGGACAUCAUAAAGAAAUACAGGAGCUAAAAACGAGUAUAAUGUCGGAUUCUCCUGCCACUCCUCCCGUUUCAUUCUCUCGGAUCCAAAAAGAUGAAACGGGCAUCGUGUCGCAAGAUGUAAUAUCUUCCAUGCAUGAAGUUGAAGGCACUCCAGCUGAUUGCAUUGCUUCUGCACUACCAGUAGAAUCGCUGGACAAGUUGGAGUCUUCUGUUUCCGUGCCUCAUAUUGUGGGGAGGGACCAAGCUUCUGUGGCAGAUCGAGUGGCGUCCGUUCCUCCAUCCCAGUUGGAAAAAAAAACACGCCCCAAACCGCGUAAUGCACCACCCGCGGCAAAAGGUGGGAAAUCGGUUCGUGCCUCUAAGCGUUUGCAACCAAAUCGUCACGAUACGGCAUUAAAAGAAUCCAAAUUCCCUUGA